ACACACUCUGCAGCCUAGUCUCUGGUCAGGUAAGAGUUAGACACACCCACACUGUUGAAAAGUGAUUUAGACCGUGUGUUGAAGACUGUGCAGGAGGUUUGAGGUCACAGAAAAGACAAGACACUAUCUACUCSAGGACACUGCCGACUCAGUAGCCUAUCAGAUGGAGCUGCCACCUCGACCAAAACUCUUUGACUUCCAUGGAGUCUCCAUGACCAACUACUUCACUGRCAACUGGGACAAUGUACAGAACUUCCAGGCCAGACCAGAUGACAUUCUCAUCGCUACCUACCCCAAAGCAGGAACCACAUGGGUCUCCUACAUUCUAGACCUGCUGUAUUUUGGCCAGACAGACCCUGAGCAUCAGAGACCCAUCUUUGAGAAAGUUCCUUUYCUGGAGUUGCUCAUUCCUCUUUACCCUCCAGGGGUGGAGGUGCUGGACAACUUAACCACCUCUCCUCGCCUCAUCAAGACUCACCUCCCAGUYCAGUUGCUGCCCAAGUCCUUCUGGGAGCAGAACUGCAGGAUAGUGUAUGUGGCCCGUAAUGCCAAGGAUAAUGCCGUGUCUUAUUUCCACUUUGACCGCAUGAACCAGGCCGAGCCAGAGCCAGGGGACUGGAACAACUACUUACAGAGAUUCAUGGAUGGAAAGAUGGUGUUUGGUUCAUGGUUCAACCAUGUGACUGGCUGGUGGGAGAAGAAACAGACUCACUCCAAAAUCCUCUACCUCUUCUAUGAGGACAUGGUUGAGGAUACGGGGAGAGAGCUGGACAGGCUGUGCUCCUUCCUAGGUUUGUCUCCUUCAGCAGAGGAGAAGGAGAGGGUGAGAGGAGGAGUGCAGUUUGAUACUAUGAAGAAGAACAGCAUGGCCAACUACUCCACCGACCCAGUCAUGGACUUUACGAUAUCCCCCUUUAUGCGCAAAGGAAAGGUUGGUGACUGGAAGAACCAUUUCACUGUGGCCCAGAGUGAACAGUUUGAUGAAGACUAUAAGAAGAAAAUGGAAAACACUCAGCUUCGGUUUCGCACAACAAUUUAGGACUGUYUUCAUUAUCUAAAGCACUCUACAGGUCUUAAGAACGUGACUGCAUGUAAAAAUGUAAUAACACAUAAUACUGUAAGUAUGAGCACCAAAGACAUACUGUCUAACUACUGUAAAUAAACAACACCUGAUAACAA